AAAUCUAUAUAUAUCAGACAUGGGUUCAGCAAGCAAAGCUUCAUGGAUGGUGGCAGUUAGUGUCGGUGCAGUGGAAGCCCUCAAGGACCAAGGUAUUUGCAGAUGGAACUAUGCCUUCAGGUCUAUUCACCAACGUGUCAAGAACAACAUGGGAUCUUUUUCUCAAACCAGAAGGAUGUCUUCUUCCUCUUCUUUAGAGACAAGGAAAAUAGAAGAAGUUGAGCAUAGGGCGAAGCAAUCAGAGGAAUCUCUCAGAAAAGUCAUUUACUUAAGCUCUUGGGGGCCCCUAUUAGCAACCCAUCCUCCACUAUUAUGUAUUUUUAAGAAUGUUUCCAUUCCAAGAUGUAAUUAUUUGGAAUUCAGGCAUAUAUAAAUGCACAAGCCUUGUUCAGUA